UAGUAAAUCAAAGAAGAAAAAGAAGCAGCAGCAGAAGAAGAAGAUUCAAUUGUCGCGUGAUCAGCUGGCAGAACAAGCAGCUAAAAACAAGCCGAGAAGGAGGAUCAUUUCUGUUUUUAUUUGCCACGGUGGGAAAAGUACGUAGACAAGCCUUCCAUUGAAGGAAAUGUUCCAGUAGGACCCCUUUUUCUGGCACAUCAGCAUAAUGUCGGGGAACAGCUUGGUUCUACCCAUAGUGCUCUGGGGCCGCACGGCUCCCACCCACUGCAUCAGCAGUCUGCUGGUGAUGGACGACUUCGGCACCAUCAUCACCGGCUGCCAUGAUGGACAAAUUUGCCUCUGGGACAUGACACCUGAGCUGGAGAUUUGUCCCAGAGCCAUGCUGUUUGGUCAUACAGCCUCCAUCACCUGUCUGUCUAAAGCCAGUGCGUGCAGUGACAAACAGUACAUUGUCAGUGCAUCAGAGAGUGGAGAGAUGUGUUUAUGGGAUGUGAACGAUGGACGCUGUAUAGAGUUCACCAAGCUGGCGUGUGCUCACACUGACAUACAAUUCUAUCAGUUCACCAUUGGCACUCAGAGGGAGGGACGUCUGCUUUGUAAUGGCCAUUACCCAGAAAUCCUUGUGGUAGACGCAACCAGCCUGGAGGUCCUGUACUCGCUGGUGUCCAAGAUUUCUCCUGACUGGAUCAGCUCCAUGAGCAUCAUCCGAUCCCACCGAACACAAGAGGACACAGUGGUGGCAGUGUCAGUGACAGGGAUUUUGAAGGUCUGGAUCAUCACAGCUGAGGUCAGCAGGAUGCAGGACUUGGACCCCGUGUUUGAAGAAGAGUCCAAACCCAUCUACUGUCACGGCUGUCAGAGUAUUUCCUUCUGUACCUUCACUCAGAGCAGCCUGCUGGUUGUCUGCUCCAAGUACUGGAGGGUGUUUGAUGCAGGUGACUACUCGUUGCUCUGCUCAGUACCGAGUGACAACGACCAGGCCUGGACUGGAGGAGAGUUCAUUGCCGCAGACAAAGUCAUCAUCUGGACCGAAGAUGGCUGCAGUUACAUCUACAAGCUGCCCGCCAGCUGUCUGCCUGCUAGUGAACAUUUCCGCAGUGAUGUUGGGAAAACCAAAGAAGGCUCUAUCCCUCCGCUGGUCUACAGUGUUGCCGACCACUCAGACAAACAGCUGCUGAUCUGUCCUCCUGUGACUCGGUUCUUCUUCGGCCGACGGGAGCCCUUCCAUAAGCUGCUGAUCCAGGGAGACUCAGCGGGCAGACUGUCCCUGUGGAGCAUCCCAGACACGUCGCCUCAGCAGCCGCUGUCGACCGCUGCAGAGCUGCAGAUGUCGUCCACUGUCAGUCUCCAGGAGGCGUUUGAUAAGCUGACCCCCGUGUCUGCAGGGAUCAUCGACCAGCUCAGUGUCCUGCCUGGAAAAGAAGAACCCAUCAAGGUGACGGCCAGCGUGUACAUCCCCUCUCAGGGUCGCCUGGUGUGUGGGAGAGAAGAUGGCAGCAUCAUUCUUGUUCCAGCCACUCAGACUGCCAUCGUCCAGCUGCUGCAGGGGGAGCACAUGCUCAGGAGAGGCUGGCCGCCGCAUCGUACCCUGCGAGGUCACCGGAACAAGGUGACGUGCGUCCUGUAUCCAUAUCAGAUCUCCCCCCGCUACGACCAGCGCUCGCUGGUGUCCGGAGGAGUGGAUUUCUCCGUCAUUGUCUGGGACAUUUUCACCGGAGAGAUGAAGCACAUUUUCUGUGUCCACGGAGGAGAAAUCACCCAGCUCAUCGUCCCGCCUGAAAACUGCAGCACUCGGGUGCAGCACUGCGUCUGCUCGGUGGCCAGUGACCACUCUGUCGGCCUGCUCAGUCUCAGGGAGAGGAAGUGCAUCAUGCUGGCAUCGCGCCACCUCUUCCCAAUCCAAGUUAUCAAGUGGCGUCCGGCAGAUGACUACCUGGUGGUGGGAUGCUCUGACGGCUCUGUCUACGUCUGGCAGAUGGAUACAGGAGCCUUGGACCGCUGUGUGAUGGGUAUAACGGCAGUAGAGAUCCUGAACGCCUGUGACGAGCUGGCUCCGGCAACUGUGGACGCACUGAGCCACUCGGCUGUGAACCUGAAGCAGGCAAUGACUCGCCGCAGCCUGGCGGCGCUGAAGAACAUGGCCCAGCACAAACUGCAGACGCUCGCCACCAACCUGCUGGCUGCAGACAAUGCUGACAAGGGCAACCUGCCGAAAUACUCCCAUAAUGCCCUGGUGGUCCAGGCGAUGAAGACCAACCUGACGGACCCUGACAUGCACGUGCUGUUCUUCGACGUGGAGGCAGUGAUCAUCCAGCUGCUGACGGAGGAAGCCCAGAGACCGAACCCCACACUGGUGUCUCCAGAGACGCUGCAGAAGAGCCAGGCUGGGGCCGACAAGGGGGGGUCCUUUCUGGCCAACAAGAUCUUCAAACAGGUCAAGGAGACGAUGAAGGAGACUAUCAAGGAGCACCUAUUGGACGAAGACGAGGAGGAGGAGGAGGAGAUGAGGAAGCGGGAGGAGAAGUCCAAGUCUCUGAGUCUGCUGGAGUACAACCUGACGAUGGACACGGCCAAACUCUUCAUGUCCUGCCUGCACGCCUGGGGUCUCAACGAACAGCUGGACGGCAUCUGUCUGGAACGACUGGGCAUGCUCAGACCGCACUGCCCCAUCUCCUUCGGCCUGAUCUCCAGAGGAGGUCACAUGUCCCUCAUGCUGCCCACCUUCAAGGAGUCUUUGCUGCGGCAGUUGUCCCUGGCAACGGGUCUGAAGCUGACUCUGUUGGACAUUGUGGGAAAGGGGACGUACGGUGUGUCAAGAGCUGUCACCACACAGCACCUCCUGUCUGUAAUUUCACUGGCCAACACUCUGAUGGGCAUGACCAACGCCACUUUCGUCGGAGAGCACAUGAAGAAAGCACCAGUCAGGCCUCCCAGACCAGGAGGAACCCCGGAGACUCCUCGCAGGACGCUGGCUGCCCCCCCUCAGCCCUCCAACCCGGUGCUACAGGCACAGAUCAAACAAGCUGCUGUAGCUGCCACAGCCAACACCAGCACUGUUACUACUGCCACCACUGCUGGGGCUCCGGGGGGCCGUGGGGGCCUUCCUCAGAGGGCCCCUGGCUCCCCCAGCCCUGGCCCUGCUUCUCAUAACAUCCCCUCAGUCAAUGAAGGUUGGAGCCAGCUGGCAGCCAUGCACUGUGUGAUGCUCCCUGACCUCCUUGGCCUGGACAAGUUCAGACCUCCUCUGCUGGAGAUGUUGGCCAGGAGAUGGCAGGACCGCUGUCUGGAGGUGCGAGAAGCAGCACAAGCUCUACUAUUGGCUGAGUUAAGAAGGAUUGGCCAAUCAGGACGAAAGGAUACCAUUGACAUGUGGGCUCCCUACCUGCCUCAGUAUGUGGACACUGUCAGCUCCCCUGGGUCGACCACUGAGCCCUCCCCUCCAGCCCCGCCUCCUCCUGAGGCUCAGCCAAUAGAAACCAAGGCUCCUGAGGAGGAAAUGGAUGUCACGGAUGAUGACAUCACAGCAGGCUGUCUGUCCAAUCUUCCACCAAAUGCCAAGAAGAUCUCCAACUCAUACGAGGAGCGCCGUAAACAGGCCACUGCCAUCGUGUUGCUGGGAGUCAUUGGGGCCGAGUUUGGCGCUGAGAUUGAACCGCCAAAGGGUUCAGCACGGGCUCGAGCUGGUGGACAGGCGCCUGAGGGCUUUGGACUGACAAGUGGAGUGUCAUCCAACUACUCACUGGCCAGACACACCUGUAAGGCUCUGACAUUCCUGCUGCUGCAGCCCCCCAGCCCCAAGCUACCUCCCCACAGCACCAUCCGCCGCACCGCCAUCGAUCUUAUUGGCCGAGGCUUCACUGUCUGGGAGCCGUAUAUGGACGUGUCAGCAGUGCUCAUGGGACUGCUGGAGCUCUGCGCUGAUGCCGAGAAGCAGCUGGCCAAUAUUGCCAUGGGUUUGCCUCUCAACCCGCCGGCAGAUUCCGCUCGCUCAGCCCGCCACGCCCUCUCUCUUAUCGCUACUGCCCGGCCACCGGCCUUCAUCACCACCAUUGCACGAGAGGUUCAUCGGUACAACGCAGCUCAGGCGAACUCUCAGUCGCAGCAGAACAUUCACACCACCACUCUGGCCAGAGCCAAGACUGAGAUACUACGAGUGAUUGACAUCCUGAUAGAGAAGAUGCCUGGCGACGUUGUGGAUCUGCUGGUUGAGGUGAUGGAUAUCAUCAUGUACUGUAUUGAAGGUUCUCUGGUGAAGAAGAAAGGACUGCAGGAGUGUUUCCCUGCUAUUUGCAAGUUCUACAUGGUUGGUUACUGUGACCGUAGUCACCGCAUCGCCAUCGGAGCUCGCCAGGGUUCAGUGGCCCUCUACGAUGUUCGUACUGGAAAAUGCCAGAACAUCCACGGUCAUAAGGGUCCGAUCACAGCAGUAUCAUUUGCCCCUGAUGGUCGUUACCUGGCAACGUACUCCAACGCUGAUAGCCACAUCUCCUUCUGGCAGAUGAAUACCAGUCUGCUGGGCAGCAUUGGGAUGUUGAACUCAGCCCCUCAGCUCCGCUGCAUUAAGACCUACCAGGUACCUCCGGUGCAGCCAGUGUCCCCAGGCUCCCAGAAUCACCUGAAGCUCGCCCGCCUCAUCUGGACCUCCAACCGCAACGUCAUCCUUAUGGCUCACGACGGCAAGGAGCACCGCUUUAUGGUCUAAACCAGAUCUGUAUCUCCAGCUGAGCCCCUGUUGUUGUAUCUGACAGAUCUGAUUAGUUUUAGUUUCAAAUAUGUACCUUUAGCUAGAGUCCAACAGUUGAUAGUCUAAAAAUAAGCGAAGCUUACAGUAAAGGUGGUUUUCACUGAGAUUCAUUCAAACAUUUGUCUUAAGAAAAUAAUUUUCACGUGAAAAAUCUGAAGGUAUCGAACUGCAGCUUGGCCAGAAAAGUAAAAACCCAGCUCAGGUCCAGGUUUGGAUGGGAUGAAUUUUUUGUUUUAUCUCCCACAGUGAUCAUUGUGAGUAAACUAAUUCUGUAAUAUAUUUUAAAGCUGUGAUAAAAGGCUUGUUUACAUUAUGAUUUGCAUUGAUGCAUUUUUUAGUUGUUAACACUUUCUUGGCAUUCCUAUUUAUUUGUUGUUUUUGCCGGAUGUCUCCUCUGUCACUAUCUUGCUGCAGCCAUUUUGGGUACCAACUGUUGCUGUUUAUUUAAAGUCAGCCUUUGACUCACUGCCUUUUGGCUUCCCACCUAGUUUUUAGUUUAUUUUGGUACUAAAUAACAGCAUCUUAUUUUUAAAUGUUUGCAAUUUAUUGCAGGUAUUUGUGGAUUCACUUUGCAGAAACACAUAUUGGAACAUGGAUUUAACACAAGUACUCAAAAUGAAUCAGUCUUACCCCUUUUUUCCCAUUUUCUGCUUCAGUUUUCAUUGCUGGAAUUAAUUAUUUCUAGUAGACUGGUCUCUGUAAAUAAAAUUAUAAAGAGUACAGUCUAAACCUGCUCUAUAUAAAAAGUGCAAUGAGAUAACUUCUGUUAUGAAUUGGCGCUAUAUAAAUAAAAUAAAUAAAUGUAAAAUGUUUCAAAGAAAUUCUCCACUGCCCUCUUAAAGGCUUUGGUACUCUCUGACCUCUGUUAAACAAGUACACACUUCACAUUUCAAACUGCAUAGGUGUGUUUGCGUGUGUGUGAGUACUUUGGUGUUUGCUUUUACUUUGUGACACCUUGGAAGCUUUUCCAUCGUCUCUGAGCUUCACGCAGAAAUUUGUGUGUAUGUGUUUACACCCAAGUGUAUUUUCACAAACCCACAUUCUCACUUAAGACUGCUCAUCCUAAAAGGACAAUCACAGUAAAUCUUUAGACACUGGAGGUGCAGUAUUACUCACUGCAGAUAUUUAAAAAAUAACAAAAACUAAAGCAAAUAAUUAUUUUGGUCACAUUUUAAGGGGAUAACAGCAACACUGUAUGGUUCAACAAAAGGGUACAGGUCCUAACUCAGUUUAGUUUCUAUGGCCCAUUAGUACCUGGUACUAUUUGGUAAGGGGCAAAACAUAUUUUGAUAAUUAUCCAUCCAACUUGGGGAUUGUGUGUUUGCAAAUUAUGACGCUUUAUAUUUCUCUGAUAGAUGUGAAGACUUCUCUUUGUCUUGCAGCUUUUCUCUUUCAUUCAUCCUACGCCCAUCUGAGUUUUGGGAGGGUAUCUCUUGAUAUAAAUGUGUACAUAUACAGUAUAUAUAUAUCAUCAGAACUGCUGCGUAAUGUAGUCUGUUAAUCUUGUACAGUGAGCUUCGAUCCUGUUUGAUGUAUUUUUUGUGGCUAAUGUGACUGUCUGCCUGGUACUGACUAGUUCUUAAAAUGAGGGAAUUUCCUGUUUAAGAUGAUUUAAAACUUUAUAUUUUGACAUUUUUAAAACAUCAGCCACUUGGAUAAUGAGAAGUGACUUUUUGCAUUUUCUUUUAGUUUUAACAAAGAUCAACUGGCCCAUCUUAUUUAUGAUUAGCUAAAAGGGCCAAAAAAUGGAAAAGUCUAACAUUUAACAUGAAGAAAUAGAAAAGCAGGACAAAAUUUACAUCUGUAGGUGUUUGAUUGAGAUCUUUAUUGUCCUUUUUAUUGAGAGAAACAAUAGGUUAUUAAUGGAACACAUUUACAGUUUAAUAUUUGUUGUUUUUAUUUUCUUGCAGCGUAAAAGAAGACUGCAUCUGUUCUCUUAAAUGCUGCUAACAUUCCUUAUUAAUAACAGCGGGUACAACAAGGCAUGAAGUAGCUAGAUAGCCUGGAAGUAACCAUACCCAUUGCUUCUAAUAAGGAAUGCUAACAGCUUUAACAGCAUAAUCUGUUUAAAGAGCAAUUUAACAGCAGCUGUUUUUGUUCCAGUGAUUUAUCUUCUCACCUUGCUUAAGUGAUAUAGAAGUGUACUCCAGGGUGUGUCAGUACACCAUGACAUCACUGUUAGGUUUAGUUACAGGUGCAACAAAACACAAUUUUGACCACAUAAUUUAACUCUUUAUGGUUGGCAACACGAUUUUGCACAUUAUACCUUAACUGUUGGUCAGGACCUUCUUGCUUUAAAAUGUUGUCAGUAUUUUAGUGCUCAGUUUAGUGCUCAGAGAAAUAUAUAUAUAUAUAUAUAUAAUGAUAUUUAUAGAGUGACAGUUUUCUGUCAGUUUAGAUGUUUUUACUUUGAUUUUUGUGACUCUUGGAAGUGGCUCACAUAUGUUGGAAGAAUUUGACGCACGUGAAUUUUACAAAACACUUUACUAGCUUUAAUUUUAUAUUUUCCACUGCUACUUUCCUUUCCUCCGUCCUCUUCUAUGUCCUCCUCUCCUUCCUCCAUCUCUUGUCAGUUUUAUUAGUGCUGUCAGAAAGCUUCUAACACUGUUACACACCUGUAAACCCGAGCGUGUCAAAGCUUUUUACAAGUUCUCCCUCUCUUCAAAAAAAAUAUCCAGCAACUCGUCAAGUCCAUCAAGUCCAGACAGCUUUGAGAUCUUAAUCUUUCGUUUUCUCCACCACUCUAAGCAGUUUGAGAAAAUAUGUUUUUGGCAGCCUCUCGGGGGAGGAAAGGUGAGAAAAAUAAAGAAGGCAGAGAGGAAGAGCUGAAGAGUAAGUAACAAGUGAGGAAGAUCAGGUCAUCCACCCAGAAAAAAAUGGUUCUUUGGUGAAGGUAAUGAACUGAAAUGUCUCAAAGAACCAUAUGGUUUUUCUUCAAAUACAGCGAUAUGGAAAAAAUAUGUGGUGCAGUUACUGAUACAUUUGUUAAAUUGAUCUUUGCAGCACUGUAAAGAUUAUUUUUGAAAAAGUGACGCUGUUCUGUGAAUCUUGAAUAUAAAAAUGAUAAAUACGAAUACAUUUUUAGGUCCCUUUGUUUCUCCAGUUUUCUUUUUCUCAAUAUUCCUCCCCGUUUCCUGUGAAAUUGAACAUGUAAAACAGCUUCUUCAGUCUGUCUCUGACUGAAUAUAUCUGAUACAUAUCUGAUUGUGUUUUAAAAAGAAAAGUGUUUAGUUAGUUUUCAAAAGCAAACAUUAAUUUCUGAAUUUCACACUAAAUUGAAUCAGCAAUUUUUCUUAUUAAUUUUGUUAAUUUGAUUAGGUUUUGUUUAUACAGCAAACUCAGCCUAAAUAUUUAAGAGUGUGUGUGAUGUAGUGCAUGUAUAUAAGCUUCCCUUGAUGUAACACAGAGCAGGCUGAAUCUACUGUGCAUCAUAUAUAUAACGUGUUGUGUUAAAAUGUGUUGUUGUUGACUUUGUGUCCAAUAAAGAUGAAAGUGAGACGGCGGGUGUCAAAUA